AUGCAUUUCUGCGAUCGAACACUGUCACGCCGGGACACCCGUCGGCGAAGGCCGGGCACUGGACUGAGCGUAUUCGAACGGGGUCGUAGAAACGACAGAGGGGUUACUGAUUCGCUUCGGAAUAUGCGACGCACGGCCACAAUUCCGCUGGUGGUUGGUGUUGAGGGCUCUUGCGAUUGUGCGCUAUUGAUUCGUGCGGAUCGAAGGCGAUCAAUCAGCGCAGCGAUCAGAAUUGUCCACGCCCGGCAAGCAUCCGGAAAUCCGCGCACACAGUCCUGA